GACUUCGGAGAAAAUAUUGGGUACCCUAACAGUGCCACGUCAUUCGUGCUCUGAACCAUUCAUUGCGCGACACGUGUCCGGAUGUCAGUCCACGUCGUCCACCUCUCCGUUUCAGAGAAGAACAAACAGAGAACGAUCGAGACCUGCGUUCUCUCUCUCCCCUCCGCAUCCGCCGGUUGCUUCCAUCGCUCCCACGCUCUCUCCCCUCCGCAUCCGCUGGUUGCUUCCAUCGCUCCCACGCUGAGGCCGACACCGCCGACGCUCCUCCUCCUCCCUCUCGCGACGUUCGCUCUGCUCUCUCUCUUCCCCCCUCCGCGAAGUCGUGCCUUGCUUCCAGCGAAACGCGACGCCGACGGUCCUCCACCUCCGCCGGUUGCCUCCGUCGGUGUCGGAGUCCGUCGCCCCCAUCUCCUCCGCCUCUGCCUACGCGCCCGACGCCAACGCGUCGAACCACGACGGCGAAAAUGGAGGAGAGAGAAAUGACGAAGCAGAAGACGGAGACGAAGAAGCAGAAGCGCGCGCGUUCGGGGUUCUGGACAUGGGUCGUCGCGUCGGUCGCGUUCCGGCUCGCCCUCGUCUAUCUCCCAGGAACCUCCGCCUGUCCACCCGCCCCGAGGUCGCCACCCCUCUCACCAGCAUUCGCCGCCGUAACGCCAGAAUGAUGGUGGUGACGGACAACUUCGUGGAGGCGGACAACGCGGAGGCCAUAAUCUCCAGGAUCGAGCACAAGUCCCGCAAGAUCGAGAGCUUGCUCAAGCAGUCGAAGCUGGUGGACGCUCUCAAGACCGCCCUCGAAGGAUUGCCUCCGAACACGCGGGACGAGCGAUGCAAGUCGACGAACUGGAUAGUGGUGCACAGAGCGAUAAUGGCGAUGAAGGAUCUGGACACCUUGUUCUCUUCUCUGGAUCCCGAGUACUACAACAUCCUCAUGAAGCUCAUCAUGCAACUAUGGUCUCAUGACCAGCAAAUUGAGCAUUGUCUUCUAAUUUUACCAUGGUUAACUGAGAUUAAAGGUUAGCCUAGCAGCUGUCGACAUAAUUCCUCUGUUCUGUGGUUCGGCCCCUGACCUAAAAUUAGUGAGGAGGAUUUGCUAAUCUUGUGCCCAUCAUCAUUGCCUGAAGUAAAAGUCAUUGAAGGCCAAUCUGGAGUUGUUAUUCAGCAUGUUCCUACUGGUUUUGUCGUCCAAUCUUCGGGUUAUGAGUUGUCUAUUCCCUUAUUUGUUAGGGUUGACCUUCCAACUCAAAUUUGUUUACCAAUGGUUUCUGCAAUCCGGUUUUGACUUUACAAAGAAGCAAAUGCCUGUUCCUGAACACACGUUCAUGAUUGCCUGUCUAGUACGACAUUUUGUGAUUGAGAAAUAAGAUCUCAAAAUUUUUAUCCCAGGUGAAAAGAGCAUUUUUGCAAAUAAGAUUAAGGCCCUCAACCGGUUGAAGGCUAAACUUCUUGUCGCAGCUAGCGAUGUAGGAGUUCCAGGCAUAAAUGGCUUCAAGAAAGAAAAUGUGUUCGACAUAUGGUGAGACAAGGUCCGAAGAUACGUUCUUUACCCUCGCAAGCAUGUGAAAGAUGUAAGAAGUGGUGUUGAAACGCCUGACCUGUAUUCUGUUUUGGACGGUAAUAUAGAACCUCUGAUUGGAGCUCAUAUCCAGAUGAGACUCUCAAAUGACAUGCCUCCAUAGUAAAGCAGUUUUUCCCAA